CAAGGAAAGGAACAGAUAGAGCAUUUUUCAGAUAAAGCCAAUAAGAGAAUGGAUGACUUCAACAACUUCAUCCACCAAUACAACACCAACUCUCCUGAUAAUGGAGGGCUCAUGACUGAAGAAAUUGCAACUGCACUGGGACAGACUAAUAACAAAAACAGUAACUUGCAGAACUGCUUGUAUCCGAACCUCCAUGCUUCAUACCCUCCUUUCACUUCCCAGAACUCCAUUACAUCCACCACCACCACAUGCAGUGACUCGUCCAGCGAGAGAUCUUGGACCGGUCACGAGAGGCCCUCCAAGCUCUUGAAGGCAAGCACCUGCGGUUCUUCCUCCUCCUCACACCUCGUUUCGUUCUGUACAUCAGCUUCAAUGGCCUCGAACCUCCAACAGCAAGUUUAUGGGAAUUCGCAAAACCCUUCUGCGACGCCGAAGAAAGAGGCAGUUUCUCAAGAGUACAAUAUGACUUUCGGGUCUUUGAACUCUGGUGUUGUUUAUCCCAAUAACCAAAACUCCGGCCCAAAAGCCGGUCUGGGGAUUAAGAGAGCUUAUCCUGUUUCAAGGACUCCAUCAAGUGCUCAAGACCAUAUUUUAGCCGAAAGAAAGAGGAGAGAGAAGCUUAGCCAGAGGUUUAUUGCUCUAUCUGCCAUUGUUCCAGGCCUAAAAAAGAUGGACAAGGCCUCUGUUCUUGGAGAUGCUAUUAAGUACUUGAAACAGCUUCAAGAACGUGUGAAGUCGCUAGAGGAGGAGUCGAAGAAGAAAACAAUGGAAUCGGCGGUCUUCGUGAAGAAGUAUCAGCUCAGCACCGACGAUGACUGUUCGUCUUGCGAUGAGUCCUCCGAGGAUCACUCUGCGAACCAAGCAUUGCCCGAGAUCGAAGGUCGGGUUGCGGACAAGGACGUGCUCAUCCGCAUUCAUUGCGAGAAUCAGAAGGCUAUCGCGGCAAGAAUCUUUGGGGAAGUGGAAAAGCUUCACCUAUCCAUUGUUCAAAGCAAUGUGGUGCGAUUUGGCAGCUCCACUCUUGACAUCACCAUUGUUGCUCAGAUGGAUGAUGGGUUUAGCUUGACAGUCAAGGAGAUAGUGAAGAAUCUGCGGUCUUCAUUGUUGAAGUUCUGGCUCACGUGAAGCUGUUGAAGUUCCUUGCUGUUUCAUGUUGCUUCCUCCUCUGUAAAACCCAAUUUACCAAAGCUCCAGUUCGUAAAGGUUGUGAUUUCGUGCAGGGUUUUUUCUCGUAUUCACUCUUGUUUUUGCGCGGUUCAAAGAUGCUUGUACGCCACGUUGAGGGAGUGAACCCAUGCAUGAUGCGAAAAAAGAUGUUUCCAUUCAACUUUUUCUUCUUUUUUCUCAUUCCCCUUAUGUUUUAGGAGGAUUUAUGGAAUACUCCAUGUAAUAGUCUUUCAAUAAGAAUGAAAAGCUGUUUUUAUUA